AUGCUUUUCCUCCCAGCUGCUGCUCUGUGCUGUCUGUGUUCAGCGCUGGUUGCCAUGGCGGCACAGCUGAUUCAGGAGGAUUUAACAUGGACCAGGAGAGCUGGUCAAUCAGUCACCUUCAGCUGUCGAGGACUUGACCAGUGUGACAGUGAUUAUGUAUACUGGUACCAGAAGAAAGACACAGAAACAUUCAAACUGAUUCUUGAUAUUGACAGCACGAAUGGUAAUGUAGAUAAAAGUUACAAUCACCCUCAGAAAGAUGAUUUUUCAGCUGUAAAGAAACAGAAAGGGAAUUGGGAGUUGCAGAUCCAGACAGUUAAACUCUCACAUUCAGCCACCUACUACUGUGGCUGCCAGAAACUUGAGUGGUACUAUAUCUUUGGCCGUGGCACUAAACUGUUUGUAGAUGAGCAGGUAGUGAAGCCCGUGGUGAGCGUGUACCCAACAGCAUCCAGGGCCCACCUGGAGGGGAGGAGCUCCCUGCUGUGUCUGGCCUCAGCCAUGUCUCCUUCUCUGGUCCAGUUCACCUGGAAAAGAAAGAGGAAGAACGGCUGGGCGGAGGAGCUGAUUCCUGCUGAGUUUGAACAGCUGGAGCUCAGAGAGCCGGGACGCAGUGCCUCCAUCCUGCUGCUCCAUCAACAAGAGAGUAGCGCAUAUAUAUACCGUUGCUAUGUCAAGCACGAGGGGGGCACAGUGGAGGCCGAAUCAGUACAAGACCUUUCUACUUUUAUUCUGCCAAAAUCAGCUCCACCAGCUCGAACAUCUUCACCAGCUCCACCAGUUCUCCCAGCUCCUGUCCCGUCUCAGUACCAGGUGCUGCUGUUCUGUGUGCUGUACACAGUGCUGAUAGUGAAGAGUCUGGUGUACUGCUGUGGACUCUCUCUGCUGAUGAUCCUCAGAAACAAGGGACCGUCCACCAACUGCACACAUGCUGACUGACUGUUUCCUGCUCGCCUUUUCUCACCAUCACAUCUCAUCAAUUCAUCUCAUUCAUCACUUUGAUCAGUCUUCAUAAAUGUCACU